AUGCGGCGGCGGGCGGCCGCCUGCCUCCGGGCGCUCUGCCUCUUGCUGCACCUCCGCGCCGCAGGUGAGCGGGGGCGGCCGCGGCCGGACGGUGGGGCGGGCGGGACGGCGGUGGGGACCCGCUUGCGCCCGGCGGCGGCGCACCUGYUGUGGCGGGAGGCGGGAGGCGGCGGCUUCCCCGGUCCGGCGGCGGCUGCUCGGGUCCGGACCCCGCCAGCCCCGGAGGCGGCGGGAGCGCUCGUCAGCACCGCGGACAGCGGCGGCCCCGGGCGGGCGAGCCCCGCGCUGCGAGCCCCGCGCUGCGCGCUCCGCGGAGCGGCCGCGCUUCGGCCCCGGAUCGCGAGGACCUGGCCGGGGGCUACGACAUCGAGACAAAAUCGGGACUACCCAUAUUCAUUCUUCUUAUUUGAUUUAUUUAUUUAUUUUUUAUUGCUGAUGGGGAGGCGUUGCUACUUGUAUGUGCUCGUGGCAGCAGUGUUUUUAGAAAGGGAAAUUUCAGCUGCGACAGCAGCAGGCAUUUCAUCUUUUAGCRGUGCUAAUAAAUCCUCUCUCUGCUUUGCUGGCGAAACGUGUGCCUCAUUCAGAAAUGCAGUAAGCGAUGAGCGCCCUAGCUGCUUUUCUGGAGACAGUGACCACUUUUUGGCAAUUCAUCAGCGAAAGAGUGGAAAACCUGUGUUUAUUUAUCACCAUGUGGAGAGUGUGGAGAAAAGUCUGGAUACAGACAGCUAUAAGGAUUCCAAGCAAAAUUUCCAUUCUUCUUCCCACACCAAAAUAAGCAAGCUGCACCCUGCAAUAAUUGUUAAAUCAGCCUUCCCUAGGUCUGUUUAUGACCCAUCCCUCAAUCUUUUAGCAAUGACUGGUCAAGAUUUGGAAGUGGAGAAUCUUCCCAUUCCUACAACUAAUGUGAUUAUUGUGACAUUGCAAAUGGAUGUAAACAAGCUGAAUAUCACAUUGCUUYGGAUAUUUCGCCAAGGAGUGGCAGCAGCACUGGGACUUUUACCUCAACAAGUUCAUAUCAACAGACUCAUUGGGAAGAAGAACUGUGUAGAACUGUUUGUGUCUCCACUGAACACAAAGCCAGGAAUUUCUGAGGCACUCCCAUCUGAAGAAGUGCUGCGUUCCCUUAAUAUCAACAUUUUGCAUCAAAGUUUAUCCCAGUUUGGAAUAACAGAGGUCUCCCCUGAGAAAAAUGUUUUGCAAGACCAGCAUGAAGCAGACAAAAUCUGGAGCAAAGAAGGAUUUUAUGCGGUGGUCAUAUUUCUCAGCAUCUUCGUCAUUCUAGUGACUUGUUUAAUGGUUCUGUACAGAUUAAAGGAGAAGAUCCAACUGUCACUAAGACAAGAGAAGGAAAAGAAACAGGAGAUCCACCUCUCACCCCUUCCCCUGCAGACAUCUCAAACUGAGUAUAAGACCACCAACAGCAUGGUCCAGCCUCAACAGGCUCCAAAGGUUGUCAAUGUUGUAGUGGACCCUCAAGGCCAAUGCSUUCCUGAGCUCAAACCUCCCCUGUGUGCCAGUCCAUCUCCUUUCAGAAUGAAACCUGUGGGACUCCAGGAAAGACGAGGAUCCAAUGUCUCACUGACUCUGGAUAUGAGCAGCUUGGGAAGUGUUGAACCUUUCGUCACUGUACCAACCCCCCGAGAAAAAGUAGCGAUGGAAUACCUGCAGUCAGCUGGCCGUGUCCUGACACGGCAGCAGCUUCGAGACACAGUUGCAUGUUCCCAUUUACUGCAAACAGAAUUCAUGGAAAUACCAAUGAAUUUUGUGGAUCCCAAAGAAAUUGACAUCCCGAGUCAUGGAACUAAAAACCGCUAUAAAACAAUUUUGCCAAAUCCUCUAAGCAGAGUGUAUUUGAAACCAAAAAAUCCAUCUGACUCCUUGAGUACCUACAUAAAUGCUAACUACAUUAGGGGAUAUGGAGGUAAAGAGAAGGCUUUCAUUGCAACUCAGGGACCCAUGAUUAAUACCGUGAAUGAUUUCUGGCAGAUGGUUUGGCAAGAAGACAGCCCUGUCAUUGUUAUGAUCACAAAGCUGAAAGAAAAAAAUGAGAAAUGUGUGCUCUAUUGGCCAGAAAAAAGAGGAAUCUAUGGGAAGGUUGAAGUCCUUGUUAACAGUGUGCAAGAAUGCAAGAACUACACUGUUCGUCAACUUACAAUAAAGCAAGGGAGUCAGUCCCGCAGCGUGAAGCACUACUGGUACACAUCCUGGCCAGACCACAAAACCCCUGACAGCGCUCAGCCUCUCCUGCAGCUCAUGCUGGAUGUGGAACAGGACAGGGUGGAAUCACCGGGCAGAGGGCCUGUCGUUGUGCACUGCAGUGCUGGUAUAGGAAGAACUGGAUGUUUUAUUGCCACAGCCAUUGGUUGUCAGCAGUUAAAGGAAGAGGGAGUUGUAGAUGCAUUGAGCAUUGUCUGCCAGCUACGAGUGGAUCGGGGUGGAAUGGUUCAGACCAGUGAGCAGUAUGAAUUUGUGCACCAUGCACUGAGUCUGUAUGAAAGCAGACUUUCUGCAGAAGCUGUCCAGUGAAGCCAAGGAGGGUAAAACCGAAUGUCAAUCUCUUGAGGUAAUUUGUUUCAUUACCUACCAGCAGCUUCUUCAAGGAGUUUACUGCAGUGGGAAAGACGGCUUUGAGGCCAACUUCUGAAAGGAUUGUGGACGGUUUGGCAAAAGUAUAGAGAUUGCUGGACCCUUACUAUAUAUGAAUGUAUUGUGAGCUUCCCAAAAAUGAUUUAUAAAGAAGGUACUGUACUGAAAAUACACAUAGAUUUUGUGUAUGUAUCUAAAGGUGGGUUUAAUUCUGUAAUGCUGAUAUUUGCCAUAUGGAAUGUAUGUAUGUGCUACUGCUGCAGUCAGAUGGACAUUGGGACUUCUACAGAAGAAAUGUUUAACAAGUGUAUAAAAGCUUUGACGUUUGCAAACUGUCUUGUGAAUGGACUGUCAACUGUACUGUAAAGUGCUAUUACUGAUUAUGUGGUGAGCUUGUUUCUUGGCCACAUAAUAUUCUUGCUGCUAAAAUUGCAAGUGUUCAACUAUGGAUUAAAAAAAAAGGAGAUGAUAAAAAAUUUAAAGUCUUGUUUUUGAAAAUAAUCAAAAGCAGUAAAUAUUUUAUAUGGAAAUAUAUGUUCUUCAUACUAUUAACUAUUAAAUGUAUAUUAACUGUAGGUCUUACAGAGCAGUUGCAGAGCACAAUGUCUGUUAUUCAGUGUGUAUGUAUUUACCCUAUGCUGUUGAUUGUCUUAGAACAUGCUUCUGCUACAGACCUGAAUCCAGUGUAUUUGUAAAUUGUGUAAGUCAUUCUACUUUUAAAAGAAACUUUGUAGCAUAUAUUAAAUGGUAAGGAUUUUAAAUAUUUGUCUGUCUUUUAUUAAUAUAGAAAUUUUUGCAUAUGUUGUUUAUCUGCUCUAUCUCUUUCAGUAAGAGAUAGAUGCCUCUAGUGAUAUGGAUUGUUCCAUGACAGGUUGUACAAGAAAGAAAAUGCUGCUAUGACUGUUUCCUUUAUUGUUCAGUAAAAGUUUGUUUUUAAGAGAUAGGCAAAGUUGGCAUUAUGACUUACAGCACUGGGAGGUCUGUUUACAGGGUAUAAUGAGUUUUUAAUGCAGUGAUGUUGACUUUGCUUCAUACUGCUAAUA